AUCACAUUUCCUGGUAUGAAAGCGGAAGCUUGUCUGAGAGACAGCAGAGCUGCAGUUGAGACAUACAUCUCUGUUUCUCUCUAAAGAAACAUUCAACUGAAUCAACAACACAGCAGAAUCUCUGCAAAACAAACACUGAGUGUCGAUAUGUCUGCUGCCAGCUGUCUGCUGACUGAAGAUCAGUUUCUGUGCUCCAUCUGUCUGGAUGUGUUCACUGAUCCAGUCACCACACCAUGUGGACACAACUUCUGCAAAACCUGCAUCACUAAACACUGGGAUACUAAUGUCCCAUUUGAGUGUCCCAACUGUAAAAAGGUCUUCUACUCUAGACCUGAGCUGCAGGUCAAUACUUUCAUCUCUGGGAUGGCUGCUCAGUUCAAACAGUCAGCUCAACAGAAAGCCAGCAGCAGCAGCUCAGAGACACAAGCUGCCAAACCAGGAGAAGUUCCCUGUGACGUCUGCACUGGAACCAAACUGAAGGCCCUGAAGUCCUGCCUGGUGUGUCUGGUCUCCUACUGUGAGACUCACCUGGAGCUUCAUCUGACAACGCCAGGUCUGAAAAGACAUCAGCUGAUCGACCCUGUGGAGAACCUGGAAGGCAGGAUGUGUAUGAAGCACGAUAAACUGCUGGAGCUGUUCUGUAAGAACGACCAGAUGUGUGUCUGCAUGCUCUGCACUGUUUUAGACCACAAGGCACAUGAUGUUAUUCCUCUGAAAGAAGGCUAUGAAGAAAAGAAGGCCGAGCUGGGGAAGACGGAGGCUGAAAUUCAGCAGAUGAUCCAGAAGAGACGACUGAAGAUUGAGGAGACGAAACACUCAGUGGAGCUCAGUAAGGAAGAUGCAGACAGAGAGAUAGCAGAUGGUGUUCAGGUCUUCACAGCUCUGAAGGAGUCUGUCGAGAGAGGCCAGGCCGAGCUCAUCGAUACAAUCAAAGAGAAGCAGAAAAAGGCAGAGAAACAGGCUGAAGGCUUCAUCGAAGAGCUGGAACAGGAAAUCUCUGUGCUGAAGAAGAGAAGCGCUGAGGUGGAGCAGCUCUCACGCUCUCAAGACCACCUCCACCUCCUCCAAAGCUUCACGUCCCUGAACGCUGCUCCACCCACCAAGGACUCAGUCAGUGUUCGUCCACCUUCAUAUGAAGGGACUGUGGUGAGAGCUGUGAAUCAGCUGGAGGAGACGCUCAGUAAACAAAUGAAGAAGCUGUUUGAAGUCGAGCUGAAGAGGGUCCAGCAGUCUGCAGUGGAUGUGACACUUGAUCCUGAUACAGCACAGUCCUGGCUCUUCCUGUCUGCUGAUGGAAAACAAGUAAACUGUGGUGAUGAAGAGAAGAAUCUCCCAGACAACCCAGAGAGAUUUGAUUGUCCCUGUGUCUUAGCAAAGCAGAGUUUCUCUUCAGGAAGGUGUUACUACGAGGUUCAGGUUGAAGAGAAGACUGAGUGGGAUUUAGGAGUGGCCAGAGAGUCCAUCAACAGGAAGGGACAAAUCACAUCGACUCCUCAAAACGGUUACUGGACGAUAUGUUUGAGGAAUGAAAAUAAGUACAAAGCUUGUACUGACCCUUUAAUCUGUCUCUCCCUGAAGUCUCAGCCUGAGAAGGUGGGGGUGUUUGUGGAUUAUGAGGAGGGUCUGGUCUCCUUCUAUGAUGUUGAUGCUGCAGCUCUUAUCUACUCCUUUACUGGCUGCUGCUUCACUGAGAAACUCCUCCCAUUCUGUGUUCCCGGUCCGAACUAUGGUGGUAAAAACUCUGCCCCACUGAUCAUCUCUCCUGUCAAUCACACUAAGUAGAACAACCAUUUCAUUUUCUACAGAUAUAUUCUCUAUCAUUUAAUGUAAUGAAUGUAUAUUAUUGGUGAUUUACGGUGUAUACAGUUUUUUUGCUUGUUUUUCUGUAAAUGUCUUUCUCUGAUGUGUCAAAUUGCUACUUACUACUACAACACACAGAUUUUACAGCACUGAUUGAUAUUAUCGAAUGUAGUCGGAUUUAUUUGAAUAACUGCAUUACUGCAAGACUGUUAAAUCAUCAGAAAACAAUGAGCCUCAUUCACCAACAUUUCUUAAGAAGAAAAUUUCUUCUAAAAACCCACUUAACCAGUUUUCACAGAGAUUCUGACAUUCACCAAUGUUUUCUUAUUUUGGAUUUGUUAUGGAGCAGAAUCUACGCAAACAGCACGCUCACGCACAUUUGAGUAAUUUUGUAACUGAUAUUGUUUUUAUAAUUUAUUUGUACACCUGUACUUCUCCUGCGCUUUGCUGGUUUGACACCUGAAUUUCCCCCCGGGGAUUAAUAAAGGUUCAUCUAUAUAUC